AUGCUGUCAGACCUGGAGGUGGGGGGAGGUGCAGCCAUGUCUCAGCAUCAGGAGAGUGAGCUGCUGGAGCUCGAGGAAGAAGCUCAGGAACCAGGAGAGGCUGAGAGCCUGCAGGAUGACCCUCUCCUGAAGCUGCCCUGGGGUGAAAUGUUGGAGCAGGUGACACCACCCGCCUCUCCCCCCACCAAUCCCUGCCCCUCUGUCCUUGUGGGAGGAAACCAGGAGGAAGCUGCUCCUGGCACCCCCGGGGCUCCACAGUGCCCUGCUGUGGUCAGCUCCUCCCCCAGAGUGCUGGCUGCACCUCUGAACAGCCCGUGCCAGGAGAUGAGUGCCAGCAGCCAGGGAGCAGAGCAACCCAGCACUUCCCAAGAGGCAGCAGAAGCCCAGGCCCCACCCCAAGCAGAGCUGCAUGGGAAGAUGGCAGACCUGGUGUGGUUCUUGCUCCUCAAAUACCGUGCCAAAGAGCAGACCAGCCGGGCAGAGAUGCUGAGAGAAGUCCUUCCAAACGACCAGGGGCACUUCCCUGAGGUCUUCAGUCAAGCCUGCGAGUGCAUGCAGGUGGUCUUCGGCAUAGACGUGACCAAAGCAGAGCCCAGAGGCCACACCUACGUUCUGAACACCACGCUGGGCCUUACCCACAAUGGGCUGCUGAGCCCCGAGGAGACCAUGCCCAAGACGGGCCUGCUGGUGUAUGUCCUGGGUGUGGUCCUGCUGGAUGGCGACUGCGCCUCCGAGGAGCACGUAUGGAAAGCUCUGAAUGGGAUGGGGGUGUAUGCGGGGAGCAAACAUUUCAUUUUUGGGGAGCCCAGGGAGCUCCUCACCGACGUGUGGGUGCGGGAGCAGUACCUGGAGUACCGGCAGGUGGCUGGCAGUGAUCCCCCCCGCUACGAGUUCCUGUGGGGCCCCCGGGCUCACGCCGAGGCCAAUGUUGUAGACGCACCCAGGAAGCUGCGUGAGCGGGAGCAGACCAGCCCCACGGGCGGAGCGCAGCUCACGGCCCUCUGUGUCCGAUGCUCCCAUCUGCACGCCCAGCACACAGGUGUGCAGAAGCAUUCAGAUAUGAACGCACCCUGCACACUCAACCACACAGCCAACACCCGCUGGCAGCGCAGAUUCACCUGCAUCCGGGCCCACAGCCACACCCACGCAGCUCACCAGGACUACGCAGACCAGGGGCCUGGCGCACUCCAGCUGGACUCAGAGUCUGAGAUCGAGGUGCUGGCUCCUUCCGGAGUGAUGGAACCUAUCGCAGGCCCCUCCUACUCCCAGCAGCCUGACCGCUCUGCACGACUCGCGGCAACUCUGCGACCCCACUGCUGUGCGUUAAUCAUUAACACCGAGUUCGACGUGGACUCUGCAGGCAGCCGCGAGGAGGCAGCAGCUGGGGAAGGGCUGGGCAGUCUCUUCGGCUACCACCGAGGGUCCUUCACGGGGGUCCAGCUACAGAUGGGCUGGUGUGGAGAUGUGCCCAAGGUGGCUUCCUCCCUCCGCCUGCAGGACAACCAUCCUGUGGGGACCUGUGACCAGCUGGCCCCUCCUCCAGCACCAGCAUCUUCACCAAAGGAGGCUGCAGAGGCUUGA